AUGCCGCCGCGGACACGGGCGAGCGCGCGGGCGUCCAUUGUAGCCCCGGCGCUCGAUAGCAAGGUCGAGACGCUCUUAGCAUCGUACCAGCAAACCGAGAUCGAGCGGCGCGCGAUCCUCUUGUGGAUCGACGAGCUCGUGCUGCACUUUCUACACUACGAGUGCCGCGUCGAGCUCCAGUUUGCCAAGGUGUCGGGCGGCUACAACGACUACCUCGCGACGCGGAUCCAGUCCAUGUACCGCAUGGCGCGGCAGCGACAGAAGUAUGCCAUGCACCAGCGCGUGCGGCACUCGGCGGUGCGAUCGCCGACGACGACGAGGAGGAAGACAUAG